CUACUGCGUUCAUAAGUUUUAUUCAACAUGGCUGCGCGCAGGGCACAGGAGGACGAAGGCGAACCAAGCAAAAAGAAACCUAAAAUAAUCAAGACCUUACACGACAAACACGUAAAGAAGAGACUCAUUGUUGUGUUAGAACGAUCAUCGCUGGAGACCGUGAAGGCUGGUAAAAGUUAUGAACUACUCAACUGUGAUCGCCACAAGCACUUGAUGAAGAAAUUCAACAAAGAUCCUUCAGAAUGUCGCCCAGAUAUCACCCAUCAGUGUCUGCUAAUGCUGUUUGACAGUCCCCUCAAUCGGGCUGGCCUGCUUCAAGUCUUUGUCCACACUGAAAAGAAUGUCCUCAUACAGAUCAGUCCUCAGACAAGAAUACCGAGGACGUUUGAUCGGUUCUGUGGUCUUAUGGUACAACUCCUUCACAAGUUGAGCAUCAGUGCAUCGGAUGGUCCGCAGAAGCUGCUUAAAGUGGUCAAGAACCCAGUCUCGGACCACCUACCAGCAGGCUGCAAGAAAAUCAGCACCAGCUUCAGUGCUGAGAAGUGCGUCAACCCCCGGGACCUGGCCUCGGCUGAAGAACCAGUUGUCGUAGUGAUAGGAGCAAUGGCUCAUGGGAAGGUGGAUGUGGAUUAUGCUGAAGAUGAAUUCGCUAUCAGCCUUUACCCAUUGUCUGCUGCCCUCACAUGUGCAAAGAUCUGCUCUGGCUUUGAGGAGGCCUGGGGAGUGGUUUGAUUGUGACCUCUGCAGUCCUAUAAAUAUUCAUGACAGCUGACCCCCGCUGCAAGAACUGCUAUUGAACUGUGCUGUAUUGACGUGCAAGUGGAGUUGACCCCUGACCUCUCAGGAGCAGAAUGUUUUUGGAUAUCUAUUAAAUUGGGAAACCUAUGCAUGACAGUGAUUAAUUUGCACAAUGGGAGGAAAUUUACCUAGGUUUUGAAAAAUGAGCUUAAGUUUCAUUACAAUGUAGAGAUCCUUGCAUUGCUCUGCAAAGAUACACUCUUGACACAGUUGUCAUAUCAGUCAAAAUCAGUCAAAUUUCCCAUAUGUGUCUGUGUACUGGGGCAAACAAGUGGAAGGAAUUUUUGACUUUCUGACGUUUACAUCAGAAGGAUGGUUAAUGAAAGUUGAAUGAGAUGUAUGAAUUGUAUGAGAAACUCCACUUGCUAAAAGUCACAAGUUAGGCUUCAUCUAAAAGUUAUGACAAUGCCUGGGAAGAACAUGCACACUUAUGGAAGGUAGUUUCUGUGGCUAUUUCCCAUUGACCUGUGUGCUGUUCCUAGCCACAGCCAGUUAAUUUGAAUAAGGCCUUGGUUGCUGAGGUGGGACCUUUUCCUGGUAUGCACCAAUGACAGAUCUGUGGGGGGCCAUGCCCCUAUUAAAAAGGAAACCCCCUCCCAAAUAUUUGUUGGAAUGAGUGAGAGAAAGGUGCAUUUUGGUCUAGUUCAUUUCCCUUCCCUUCAAAACACUUGAAAAAGGCCCAAUAUGUAGUCUCACCCCUCAGAAAAGCCAUCAAAGAUUCUGUGACAAAAAUUUGAAAUUUCGGGGACCCCUCCCUUCAAAACUUUUGCCCCUCCAACCCCCCCCCCCAACAUUUGGUUCUAGAUCUGUCCUUGGUAUGCACUGCUGAUAAUGGUUUGUGCGAAUUCCUGUUGUAUACAGUGGGUAACUCCUUAGGUUCAGUAAGUUUCUACAUUUCAGCUCUAUCUUUGGCUUCAGGCUCUAUUUGGAAUAGUUUGGUCCCUAAGUCUAGUGCCCCAAGCUCAAGGCAGCUCCAUUUCAUGCUCCAGAAUCAUUCACUUGUUUCAUGUGAGGCUAAAGUUCAGGGAAUUUUUCCUUUGAUUCCAGCCAUAAAUGUUUGAGAUGUUUAUUGCUGAUUUGGAGUUGAAACUGUAGAUGAGCUAAGUUGAGGUUGGGAGAAGGGCUUUUACUGAUGGGGGGGGGGGCAACAGGAGUCAUUCUCCCUCACUCCCUCAAAGGCACAGUUGUUCCUUUUGGGAAAAAAAAUGAGAGGAAAGCAAUAUGAGGGGAGGUUAAUUCCAUUCCCUCCAAAAGCAUGUAAAAAAAGCCUAAACUUUAGUUUUACCUUUUAUAAAAUAAAAAGUCAUGAUAAACAUUGUAUGACUUGUUGGUUUCCCUUCCAAACAGAAAAUGGGAUCUGGAUUCACCCUUGAGGAUUUACAGUAGUUUCCUGUCUCUUUCAUUUGAUACCAUUGAUGUGAUGCAGGAAUUGUGACCCAACCCACAAACCAAUUCUUAUCAUUAGCCAAAAUUUUGCUUUCUGAAGACAGGCAAAAGGCAUGCUUCACUCAAUGGUUCACCCAAUUGGGAGCCUGAAGAGGUUUGACCGCCCGAGAGGUUUUCCAUUGUUUUUUUACUUUCACAAAAUCAAAGAUACAACCUGAAACAAGUAGCUCUGAUAUGGCCACAUUCCAGUCUCCUGCAGUGCCAUGUGGGAGGGUUGAGCAUCAAAAUUUUUUCGGGGGGGGGGUUCCUGUUUCCCCCCCCCAUUGGCAAAGCCUGGGUGCAUCACUGGCUUCAUUCACCCAAGAGUCUCCAAUGACAGGCUGUUGCAGGCUCAUGCAUGAGCUGAGUCAUUGGUAAUUCAAAAGACAUAUACACUUUAGGGUUAAAGAACAGUCAAAUCUGGUUAAGGUUUUAUAGACUUUUUCCAGAGGUUUUUGUUCAAGACACUUAACCCCAGCAAGUCCCUGGAGUACAAACUCAAAAUUGGGGAUUCAUCAAUACAAUUGGGGGUAAUCACUUUGAAACACUUGGGAGUGGAUUUAGAUUUUUCAUUUUUGUACAUAAAAUAAAAACAAAGUACAACAGUAACCACUGUUUCAAAUCAAUACCAAAUAUAUAUACUUUUCGUUUAUACACAAUAAAUAUUCAUGAAAAACUAUUGACUUA